UGGCGUGCUGAGCCGCGGGGGUGGGCGCGAUCGGUGCGGGGGAGGCCUGGGGCCGCUGGGCUGGGGCGCCGUGUCGGCCGCCCCCUGUCGCCUCCGUCGCCGCCGCCGCCGCCGCCCCGGGCAUGUCGUCCAACUGCACCAGCACCACGGCGGUGGCGGUGGCGCCGCUCAGCGCCAGCAAGACCAAGACCAAGAAGAAGCAUUUCGUGUGCCAGAAAGUGAAGCUGUUCCGGGCCAGCGAGCCGAUCCUCAGCGUCCUCAUGUGGGGGGUGAACCACACGAUCAAUGAGCUGAGCAAUGUCCCUGUCCCUGUCAUGUUAAUGCCAGAUGACUUCAAAGCAUACAGCAAGAUCAAGGUGGACAAUCAUCUCUUCAACAAGGAGAAUCUCCCCAGCCGCUUUAAGUUUAAGGAGUACUGCCCCAUGGUGUUCAGAAAUCUCCGGGAGCGAUUUGGGAUCGAUGAUCAGGACUACCAGAACUCGGUGACACGUAGUGCCCCGAUCAACAGUGACAGCCAGGGCCGGUGUGGCACACGCUUCCUCACCACCUAUGACCGGCGCUUUGUCAUCAAGACUGUGUCCAGUGAGGAUGUGGCCGAGAUGCACAACAUCCUCAAGAAAUACCACCAGUUCAUCGUGGAGUGUCAUGGCAGCACACUCUUGCCACAGUUCCUGGGCAUGUACCGCCUGACUGUGGAUGGCGUGGAAACCUACAUGGUGGUCACCAGAAAUGUGUUCAGCCACCGACUCACUGUCCACCGCAAGUAUGACCUCAAGGGUUCCACUGUUGCCCGAGAAGCCAGCGACAAGGAGAAGGCCAAGGACUUGCCAACAUUUAAAGACAACGACUUCCUCAACGAAGGGCAGAAGCUGCACGUGGGAGAGGAGAGUAAAAAGAACUUUCUGGAAAAACUGAAACGGGAUGUAGAGUUCCUGGCACAGCUGAAGAUCAUGGACUACAGCCUGCUGGUGGGCAUCCACGAUGUGGACCGGGCCGAGCAAGAGGAGAUGGAAGUGGAGGAGCGGGCAGAGGAGGAGGAGAGCGAGAAUGACGGCAUGGGUGGGAACCCGCUCUGUUCCUACGGCACCCCGCCGGACAGCCCAGGCAACCUCCUCAGCUUCCCACGUUUCUUCGGGCCUGGGGAAUUUGACCCUUCUGUCGACGUCUACGCCAUGAAAAGCCAUGAAAAAGCCCCCAAGAAGGAGGUCUACUUCAUGGCCAUCAUUGACAUCCUCACGCUCUAUGAUGCGAAGAAGAAAGCCGCUCACGCAGCUAAGACAGUGAAGCACGGGGCAGGGGCUGAGAUCUCGACCGUGAACCCCGAGCAGUACUCCAAACGCUUCAACGAGUUCAUGUCCAACAUCCUGACGUAGUUACCUUAGGCCUUCAGCCAGAGCCAGAGACCCAGAUGUGGAGUCAGGGACUGAGGAGGGAGAGGGUGUCCUGGGGUUCAACAGGGCGGGGAGGGCUGACACAAGUGUCCACGCGCUAACAGGGUGUGGCCUCGACUUCUGCUUUUCCCAAGACUUUGCUCCCCAUUUGACCCAGGUUCAAAAGGGGUUUUCCUUUAUUACCUUGUAACCUUCUACAAUCCCUUAGGGCUGGAGAUGAUUUUGUGGGUUUAUCGGGUUUUGUUUCUGAAAUCUCAUUGCUCCAGGUUUGCUAUUUAUAAUGAUGUAUGUCAUCACCUUCUCCACCUCCCAUCCCCAACCUGCUGUCAGCUCCCUCAAUUAAAGAGGCACCCCAGGGACCCAGCUUAGGGUCCUCUCAGAACAAAGCGCUGAUGCCAAUGAGGAGACAGAGGCCUCAGCCUGUGGUCUGGUCUUGGGACUGGCCUUUCAGUGGCAAGAGAGGCCCCCGUGUGUCCCCCUCUUGCCUCAGAGCCAGUGAACCAUUGGGGGCCAGAGCCUCCCUCCCUGCGCUUCUCUCCCAAAGGAUCACUCCAGACCAGCGCAGCAUCUUAGAGCAUCGUGAGCUCAGAGGGGAGACUUCAUCCUCAAGGGAUGGUGGGGGAUGGCCCUGGAGUAUCCAGACAGCCGCUUCUCAGAGAAUCCCGUGAUGGGCUUCAAGCUGCGGCCUGUUCCUCCAUAAAAGCCUGCUUUCCCUGGUGACCGAGAAACCAAAGCCCCUGGCUGGAACAGGACUGAGGAAUUAACGGCUACUUCCCUUUGUAAAGCCCCUGAAAGUGGAGUUUCUUGUGCCUCCAUUUACUUCUGACCUUCUCUUGGACACCUUCACUGGUUGAUGAGCUUUUUGUGGGGGCAGAUCUCCACAACUUGGGGUGCUCCUUGCAGAGAUACCUCUUGAAGCCCAGGGCUCCGUGUAAACACUCCUGCUCCCCGUGCCUGUGGACACUUAUCCAAAUGGUUGUGGGCAGCAGGGAGUAGUGCUCCUGCCCCUCAUCUGGCAUCACCUGUCAGUUUGGAAGCUCCAGCUGCAAUUCUACCUGGCUGCAGCCUCAGGCUCCAGGUUCUGAGCAGAUGUGCGCCCCCUAUCCCCACGUGCACUCCCACAGGAGGGGCCUCUGGAGCUUUUUCCACCCCAUUCUGAGCCUACCCCAAUGCCUCAGAUUUGAGAGCAGUCUGGUCUGGCUCAGAGGAAACACUCUUACUCCACCUAGGGGGAGGUACAUGCCUGCACCGUCUCACCCUUCUCCAGGCACGGGGCCAGACAUACUAAAACUUGUAGAAGAACAUGUGUGGAACCUGAGUGAACGGAUUGCUUUCCCGUGCCUCUCACCAAGUCUGGCCAAAUUUAACUCCUGGAGCAGGAGUCCACCGCAUCUCUGUCUUACCUGCGACCUCCAGUGGGAGGAAUGGAGGAUGUUCCUGGGCUCUACCAGGGCUCUCUGCACCCUUCUGGAAGAGGCAGAGAACGUGUUCCGUGCUCAGGAAGGGGCCGCCAGAGUCUGAAUGACGGUAGCAAGACCACCAAGCAAACUGGGAAAGAAUUUAGGCCUUGGUGGUGCCCAACAGGAACAGGUGUGACUUCGGGAGGGAGUCGUCAGACACUUGGACUUAGUUUCCCCACCUCGUAAUCAAGAAUGGACAUUUGGAUCUGCCCGAGCUGGGCUGGCCUGUGGCUCCCACAGCGCUGGGCUCUCCGGUCUCCUGUAUUGGGUCUGUGGAUCAUGCUGCCAUAUUGUACGAAACAGAACCAUCAGUGAUGUGGUUAGAGGAACUGUUGACUCUCUGACUUCUUUAACAUUGUUUUUGUUUCCGUGGUUGGCUGGUUUUAGUAUAUUGUUUACAUUCUGUGAGGUAGCAUUCUGUCUCAAAACACUCUUUAUUUUUUCCCUAACAGUAUUGUUGUUUGGGCCUGAACAUUGAGCUGUGAUUUGGUGGGUUCAGUUUUUCUUUUUUUAAGGUCAUUUCUUCAAGCCCAUGGGUUUGACCUGCUACUUCCUUAAGCAUUCUAAUGUUUAAAGGCUAUUUAUCUUGGUUUGUACAAGUUUUCUCUCUUUUUGUAAUGGUGAAGAUGCUAUAUUGGAUUUGCAGACUGAGUGUAGAGAAACUGAGCUCGCCUCUUUGCCCCCUCCUUUUCUUCCCUCCACAUAGGAGGGGAAGGGACAACCCUCAGCCUCGCUCCGUGGAGCCAAGAAAUUAAACAUCACCCUGGAAUCGUUCAAGGUCUCCUAAAAACAAAGCUGUAGGAAUAAAACAUGGCUGGGCAGGGAGAGUGGAGGCCAAGGCCCGGAUACCUCUGCCCCGUCCCUGCCCCCCACCCCCAAAAGCCUGUGGCCAGAAAACUGCUGUCACAGGCUGAGCCAAAUCAAGGCCCUGCAAACUCCACUGAAACCACUAGAUGAACCACUGAGUCAGUCUUUUCUCUCCUUCCCUGUCUUUCCAGGGGCCCCAGGGGCCAGGAGCGCCUUCUCUCCUUCUCUAGCUCAGGGGUUAUGGUCUGUGGCAUGUGCCAUGAGUUGCCCCUAGGGCUGUUCUCAGUGGCAUUAAGUUCCCACCACAGGCAGCUCUUCUCACCCCUCGCCUACUUCUCUUUUCCUCUGGCCUGUGCUUUAGGCCUCACAAGGUAUCCUGACAGUGCUCAGGGGCUGUCCCUCCUCACCCAACCCAGGGUCUGAAACCCAGGAAUUUUCUCAGUAGCCAGUCCCACCCACAUCCCCACUUGUCUGUUUACCAAUUCAUGAUGGAAGAGGAAAAAAAAGAGAUUCCCAAGUGCUGGGACCUCAUCUCUUUUUGGUGAGAUUGGGGGUGGGGGAGGGUUCAGCUUGAGCACAGGAAUUAAAGGGAAAAUACAUAUAGCUGUCCCCCAGUCUACCAGCCAGCUAUAGGGCAGGGUGGGAGAUGCCUGUAGCAAUCCUCCAAGAUGUGCUGUUCCAGGGGCUUGUGCUGAGAUCCUCUGGAGGCUGGGGAGGAAGCUUCUAGGAAAUCUUCCCUUGCUCAAAGCCUUGAUGUGAGGAGUUUGGGAACCUUAGGAAGAGGCCAGGCGCUGCUCCACACCCCCAAGCAUCAGGUCCAAUCAUUGCAAUCAAAAAAUGUGAAUGAGUUGAGUCAACUUUUUCGCGAGGGGGGGGCAGAAUAAACACCCCACCAUUUGUGUGUGACUUCUUGAUCUCCCACUGCAGUUUCCAUUUUUUAAAUAGGAAUUUUCAACCCCCCGUGCUUGUCUAAUGUCUGCUCGGACAGUUCGAGACCCUGUUCCUGUUUUAAAUGCAUGCGUGUUAAGAUGACUCUCAACCCAAGGAAAAGAAUAAAACUCAAAAGGCUUUGUGUACA